GUUCUAUAACAUUUCACUCACCCGUUUACGUUAUCCAUCUAUAUUGUUGAAAAAUAAAACAUAAAAAAAAAACAAAUUGCAAGAACAAAAUGGAGCCACAUAUGAUUAAGAAUGUAGAGGCUCAAAAUUCAGCUUCUAAAAGGUUAAUAGGUAAGGUGGCAGUUAUCACAGGUGGUGCAAGAGGAAUUGGUGCAGCCACAUCAAAAUUAUUUGCAGAAAAUGGAGCACAUGUCAUCAUUGCUGAUGUUCUAGAUGAAGAAGGAACCAAAGUUGCUGAAUUAAUUGAUGGACUCUACAUACAUUGUGAUGUGUCCAAUGAAUCUCACAUUGAAUCAGCCAUAAACCUUGCAAUUUCAUGGAAAGGUCAAUUAGACAUAAUGUUCAACAAUGCAGGAAUUGCAGGUUAUGAAGGAAGAAGCAUAGCAACACUUGAUAUGGAAAAGCUAACUCAUUUACUUUCAAUUAAUCUCUUUGGCACAAUCCAUGGAAUCAAGCAUGCUGCAAAAGCAAUGAUCAAAGGCAAAAAAGGAGGCUCAAUCAUUUGCACAUCAAGUGCAGCUGCAACUAUAGGUGGAUUUGCUUCACAUGCUUAUACAAUGUCAAAAUCAGCCAUGGAUGGACUAAUGAGAAGCGCGGCUUGCGAACUAGGCGUCCAUUUGAUUCGCGUUAACUGCGUUUCACCGCACGGAGUUCCGUCCAAGAUGCUCUUAAAUGCUUUUAAGUGUUUUGGUGAUGUUGAUAUGACUAGUGAGCAAUUGAGUGAGUUUAUUGGCAUGAAUGCAAGUUUGCUUAAAGGGAGAGGUGCAACAACUGAUGAUGUUGCGCAAGCUGUUUUGUUUUUGGCUAGUGAUGAAUCUGGAUUUGUAACUGCUCAUAAUCUUUCUGUGGAUGGUGGAAUCACUUCUGCUAAUAGUGCUAUGAGUUUUAUCUAUCAAGAUCCUAAGUGAAGAAAAAAAUAAUUAGUAAUAAAUUUAUAUAGGUUGUUCUUACGUUGAAGUUGAUACUCUAAAUUAACAUAUUUUAAGAUAUAUUUCUUUGUAAGCGAACUCUAGAAAAAGGCGAUAUUGCUAGGUUGGAUGUGUUUGAACCCUAAUAUUCGCGGUUGUGCGUGAGUUUUUAGUAAUUAUAAUCUUUCUGUCUAUAGGAAAAAAUAAUAUAGU